CCUCACCAAGUGAAAGAGGAGGAGUAGGACAACAUGUAAAGGAACAAAGUCAAUAAAUGAGUCAGAGUAGGUGGGUGUCGCCGUUGAAGGGGAAAGGAGCCCAACCGUAUUGAAUGAUACUUUUUCCCUCCUCCUCCUUGGCCUGUCUUCUUCAUUUAUGAUCGAUUCAACCUCUUUCUUUCUCUCUCUCACCAAUCUCGAGAUCUGGCACGGAGAAACGGAUGGAGACGAAGGAGAACAAGCAAGUAGCUGAAGAAGCAGCACCUGAGCAUGAAGAGAACGGACCGUUGAUCGAAGAUGAGAUCGAGAGGAGCAAAGUCGGGAUCAUGAGAGCUCUUUGCGACCGACAAGAUCCCUCCACUAAGGAGGUGGAUGACCUGAUGAUAAGGCGGUUUCUGCGGGCGCGUGACCACGACAUCGAAAAGGCUUCAACGCUGUUCCUCAAGUACCUGACUUGGAAAAGAAGCGUCCUCCCCAAGGGCCACAUUCCUGAAACAGAGAUUGCGAAUGAUCUGUCACACAAGAAAGUGUGUAUGCAAGGGCUUGAUAAGUUGGGUCGACCUAUCGUUGUUGCCUUUGGGAACAGACAUAACCCUGCCAAAGGCAACCCUGAGGAGUUCAAGCGUUUUGUGGUCUACACGUUGGAGAAGAUCUGUGCAAGAAUGCCAAGAGGUGAAGAAAAGUUCAUAACCAUAGGAGAUCUCCAAGGAUGGGGAUACUCUAAUUGUGACAUCCGCGGCUACCUUGCUGCUCUAUCCACUUUGCAGGAUUGUUACCCAGAGAGACUAGGGAAACUCUAUUUAGUUCAUGCACCCUACAUUUUUAUGACCGCGUGGAAGAUGAUUUAUCCGUUUAUCGACAGCAACACCAAGAAAAAGAUUGUUUUCGUGGAGAACAAGAAACUCACUUCCAUUCUACUUGAAGAUAUUGACGAAACCCAACUUCCAGACAUCUACGGUGGCAAAAUGCCGCUUGUACCUAUUCAGGAUUCCUAAUCAUAUUCAUAUCUGGUUUCUAUUACAGGCCCAUCUGUGUCUCCAUAUUACUUACUCGUGUAUUCUUUAAAUUUGAAUAAGACUAAAAAUAUAUCUAUUGUGAUUGUCAAACAUUAUAACAAGCCAAAGAGAUAUCUAGUACUGAAAAUUUAAAUU